GUCAAACCUCCUUGCGAGCCUCUUGAUUUUGGCGCCUAAUUAAUGUGCGGAUGGCUGGGAGGGCAGUCGGCGGGGCUAAACGUCCUUAUUCACACCCCGGCGGGCUUCUGUGUGCAGUCAGUCGGGCAGGUCCGGCCGCAGUACGUCCACCCUGCAGAAAACUCCUCGCGCAAACUUUCCCCGGCCCCGCCGCCUCUUCUCGGGACCCCGGACGACUUUGUCCCGGCUCCUCCACCUCUGAUCGCUGAAGACCAGGGCUUCUCCACGCCGCUGAGGGCCUCCGUGAAAGACCUCAGCUGACUGACCACCGACCGAAGAGACACCCUGUUCACACCCGGGAACCACCGAGGAACCAUCCUGGAGAGUCCGGCAGCAGCAGACGUCAAGCCCCACAUGCCGCAUAAAGCCUGGACCCUGCAGCGCCCUGGUGACGAGCAUGCGCAGUACAGCCCGGUACAAGCCGACCCAGGGCAUAGCGGCGUGAACCAGCUCGGGGGCGUGUUCGUGAACGGCCGCCCGCUCCCCGAUUCCACGCGGCAGAAGAUCGUGGAGCUGGCGCACCAGGGCGCGCGGCCCUGCGACAUUUCCCGCCUUCUGCAGGUCUCCAAUGGGUGCGUGUCCAAGAUUCUGGGAAGGUACUACGAGACGGGGUCGAUCCGGCCCCGCGCCAUCGGCGGCUCCAAGCCGCGCGUAGCCACGCCCGAGGUGGUGGCGAAGAUCGCGCAGUUCAAGCGGGAGUGCCCCUCCAUCUUCGCCUGGGAGAUCCGCGACAGACUGCUGUCGGAGGGCAUCUGCACCAAUGAGAACAUACCCAGCGUAUCCUCUAUAAACCGCGUGCUGCGUAACUUAGCGAGCGGAGAGAAGAACACGCUACAGAGCCUGCAGUCCGCAGACCCGCAGAUGCUGGAGAAACUCCGCCUCCUCAACGGCAACGCCUGGCCACAUCCGGGACCCUGGCCCUACCCACCAGCCACCGCGGGCGCCCCGCCACCGCAGACAAACGGAAACGUCACCACCAAGAAGGAAGGUGACGGGAAACUUGCCUCCCAGAUUCUGACCCUGCACGGCUAUCAAGACCAGGGCGACGGCAGUAACGACGACUCUGACGAGGCCCAGGCCCGCUUGCGGCUGAAGAGAAAACUGCAGCGCAACAGGACAUCCUUCACACAAGAACAGAUAGAAGCACUGGAAAAAGAGUUUGAGAGGACCCACUACCCAGACGUGUUUGCGCGGGAACGGCUGGCGGCGAAGAUUGACCUUCCUGAGGCCAGGAUACAGGUCUGGUUUUCCAACAGACGAGCAAAAUGGCGGCGAGAGGAGAAGCUGAGAAACCAGCGUCGUUCCCAGGAUAGCGACAGCUCGUCCCCAAGCCGGAUACCCAUCAGCUCCAGCUUCAGCACGGCCACCAUGUACCAGCCCAUAGCGCCCCCUAGCGCCCCCGUCAUGUCACGCAGCAGCCACGCCGGGCUCACCGACAGCUACUCCUCCCUGCCACCGGUCCCAAGGUGGGAAAACUUUUCCGUUCCCGGCAACAUGGCGCCCAUGCCCAGCAUGCAACAGUCACGUGAGCAGACGUCAUACUCCUGUAUGAUCCCGCACUCCACCGCCAUGACACCUCGGGGCUACGACUCCCUUGCCCUGGGCAGCUACAACCCGACCCACGCGGGGCAUCACGUGACCACCACCCACCCCUCCCACAUGCAGGCGCCGAGCAUGACGGGACAUAGUCACAUGACCCACGCCAACGGGGGCUCAGCAGGCCUGAUCUCGCCUGGCGUCUCGGUGCCAGUCCAAGUGCCGGGAGCCGUCACAGAGGAAAUGACGUCACAAUCCUACUGGCCGCGGAUCCAAUGAGGAGACAGCAGAAGCUAUCCCAGCAGCCACUGCGUUUCUCCACCCGCCAUUUUGAAAACCCGAGGUCCAACCGGCGUUAUGUAUUUAUUAAGAACUUGGGAAAACUUUUGACAGUGUAACUUUUUGUAUCUAAAGCAUCUAUUGAUAAUCGAGUGGAUUUUGUGGUAUAGUUAGCGUGUUGCCUUCUUUUAUAAAAUACUGGGGUAAAACUUAGGCUGUCAAUACAUCCGCUUUGUAGGUUUAUCAGUUCGCCAAUCGCUAGACUAGAAUGGAAAUUAUAGUGCUUUAGAUUUUCUGAACAAUGAAAAAGAAUGAUUCAACAGAAAGAUUUUGUCAUGAAUAUAAAUAUUGUGGUGUAUUUUCAAGCCAAGGUAUUUGUAAUAAUUACAAGUCUACGUAGCUCAAAAUAUCUGUAUUGUAUUCGGCUUUUUGCGUUGAUAGAGUAUGUUAUAGAUAGGCUUAUUCCCCCGCUGUUGUUGAUUUUAGCUGUUGGUGUAGACAUUUUUGUUUGUUUAUUUGUUUGUUUGUUUAGAUAUCGGAUGUCAGGGUAAACCAUCCGUCUAUUGUGCUGUUAUAAGCAGCAAUUGGGACGUCCAUUGUUAACCAUUCAUUAUGUUUUAUGUAUACUUUAUGUACGUAACAACUAAAUGUCUUGUUAAAGUUUGCUAAUUUACGCCUUUUCCAGCAGUUUGCCCGCAAUGUUAGUUAGGCCGGUUUCUAGUUUGGAUGAAAAUUGCGUUUUAGUUUGCUGCACUUUUAUUGAUUUUAUUUAAGCGUAUUUUAUUCGCUAUUACAAGCAUUACGCUUUAAAGAUUUCGGGUAUCGAAAAAUAUUUACAAAAAUGCAAAACAAGCAGCUUUCAGAAAAAUAGCAGAUACCGUUCAGGCUAGCAUGUGAUUUUUUUAUCGCUGCCAUUUACAUAUUUUGUGAGGCCAUAAUUUGUUUUUACGUCUUUACGUGCUGUAUGUAUUACUUUAGAUUUUAUGUAACAAUAUCAAGCAUAUCAAGUCUAAAUCCAUCUUUCUGUAUGUUAUUAAGUCGUAUUAAUCAGACCUCUGGUAGUAGGAAGGUGUUUGUUUAUGUCGUAACCAUGACGACACACCUGAGGUUAAAGGUCAGACCGGUUUUUACACAGUGAACGUUAAUAAACAGCGAACCAAUCAGUAGCAAAAAGUGAAAUCUUACUAUCUGUACAGGCUUUUCAUUGGACGUCAGUUUCGCCAUGUUACAGUACAGCGUAACCCACCAAUAUGGCCGCUCGGUAGUCAACUCAUAAUCAUUAUGAUGUCAAUUAAAAGCCUUUGUUCAGCUAUUUAGGUAGUCCAAAUAGUUUAUCAAAUGUUUGUCACUUUGAAUCAGUCAAAGUCAGUCAAAAUAUUACAAAUUACUGGUAUUAUGGUUUUAUUUACAGCA